GAGGCCCCGAGGACCGUCGGUCUCCGAUCCAGACCAACACAAUGAGCGCGCACCGCUUCGUGGCCAUGCUGGCCACCGUCUUCGCCUUGCUGCUGUGCAUCACCCAAGCGUCCAACCUCCGAAACUCGAUCCAUCAAAACCAAGAAGUUCCGAGCGGCUCGAGUAGCUCCGAAAGUGUCGCGCAGGACUCGACGCCCGCCGUCCCGAGUGACGCGCAGUCCACAACCAGCGAAUCCAAGGACAGCAGCAUCGUUGAGACGCAGAGCAGCUUGGUGGAGGACGCCAGUGCCGACGGAGUCAAGGCGUGGGCCCAGUGCGGCGGGCUGUACUACCUGGGCGAGACGAGGUGCCAGCCGCACACUUUCUGCAAGAAGCUGAGCGACUUCAUCUCCGUGUGCUUCCCGGAGUCCCGACCCACGGAGAAGGUCAUCCGGCUCGAGCUGUAGGCUUCCGUCGGCUGGAUUGUCCGUACAAGUUCUCCCCCCCCCCCCAUAGCUAGCUAGUGACUGAGUGAGGUAUGAAAAACUAACUAUUCCCCU